GAUGACGCACAGCAACUUCUUGGUCAGAGGUGCCGCCUUCUACAACCUGCGCACGAGCGUCGAAUUCCUCAUGGAGGCUGCCAUGGUGGCGAGCUCCGCGAUGUCUACGGGGAGAACAAGCUGUGGGGUCAAGCUGACCUGGUUCGCUUCCACACGGCGUGCGCCGCCCGUGGCCUGGACCACCUGCACAUGAGGCACAUCCUCUACCGCGACCUGAAGCCGGAGAACAUGCUCCUUGACUCCCGCGGUUACGCCAAGAUCUGCGAUUUCGGGCUGGCGAAGUUCUCGCUGGGUCGCUGCCAUACCUUCUGUGGGACGCCGGAUUAUCUGGCACCAGAAGUGGCGGACAUCGAGGGCUACACAAAG